AUGCCGCGGGAGCGGAGUUCAUCAAAUCAAUCUAAAGCAGUAUUCAAGGAUGCUGUGAGCCAAGUUCUUGUCCCAUUUUAUCCUGUCGCUGGAAGAUUGGGAAGGGUUGACAAUGGCAGGCUCCAGAUCAACUGUAACAACCAAGGAGUGCUGUUCAUAGAGGCUGAGACCGACUGUGCAAUCGAUGACCUUGGUGACUUCUUGCGUAAUGUGGAAUUAUGCAGCUCAUUCCAAAAGUCGAUUAUUCCAAUGGUAACUACUUUCAGAUGUGGUGGAGUGUCUAUUGGAACUCGACUUCAUCAUGUAUUAGCUGAUGGUAUUGGAGCUCUCCAUUUCAUCAACACAUGGUGUGAUGUAGCAAAUGGUCUUCCUAUUAGCAUAACACCGCAGAUUGAUCGGACCAUCCUUUGCAGCCAAGACCCACCAAACCCAAAAUUUCAGCAUGUUGAAUUUCACAACCCACUUACUCUGAACACUACUGCUUCCACCCAAAACCCUAAAUUCCGAUCCAAUUAUAUAGAAAUCCUUAAGAUCACUCCUCAUCAGCUUGACACGUUGAAGGCUAAUGUCAACCCUGAGAAUAGCACAAACAAGCACAGUACCUAUGCCAUCCUGACAGCGCAUAUAUGGCGCUGCACAAGCAAAGCUCGUGGCUUAGCUGAUGAUCAUCAAACAACCAUGUUAAACAUAGCAGUAGAUGGUAGAUUUAGAUUACGUCCUCCACUUCCAGAUGGGUACUUCGGUAAUGCAAUUUCCAAUGCUACAAUAAUGGCUUUAUCAAGUGAACUAUCAUCAGAGACAUUAAAGGACACGGUGGAAAGAAUUGACAGAGAGAUAAAAAGAAUGGAUGAUGAGUAUUUGAGAUCGGCCAUUGAUUACUUGCAAGUGCUGGAUGACCUGACGCCUGCAAUGCUAGGCCCCAACGCUUGUCGAUCCCCGAACCUCAGCAUUGUUAGUUGGAUGAGGCUACCCUUUUAAGAAGCUAAUUUUGGGAUGGGGAAGCCACUGUUUGUGAGGCCUGUGAAUCCACUUGAAGGCAAAGGGUACAUGCUGCAAACCCCAGGCAAUGAUGGGAGUUGGGCAUUGGUCAUUUGCCUGGAAGAAGAUCACAUGCCAUCAUUCCUGAAGUUGUUUUGAUUUCGGAUUCUUCCUUCUGAAUCAAUAUUAAAUUCUGAGAUGUCAUGUCGUCGGGUUGAAGUAAUUAGAGCAACAAGUAGGUAGGGAAGAUGAGAUAAAUUUCUAUUGUUGUGUGCUAUAGUAUUCUAAAAUUUCUGGUUUUGUGUGUCCCUGUGACUCUACUUCUGCUUUUUCUUUCUCUCUUUCUUUUUAGAUCUCACAAUAUCAUGGAGAAGUGCACCAAUGAUAAGCUUUUGGUGAAGUUUGAGCUUAAUUAUAGCUAGAGCCUCGCUGCUGCUGCUGUAUGCUGCAUACUGUAACAUCCUUAUUUCUCAAAGCAUUCCAUCUUCCGUUAAAAGGAAACUAAUCAGUGCUUUACACUUUCAUGAAAAGUAAUAUAUAUC